AUGGACGUAUUCCAGCGAAUGUUGGACGAGAAAGUUUACACCAACUUGAAUGUUACUGCAGAGGGCCAGACGAUAGGAGUCCAUAGAGGAGUUUUAGCGAGCAGGUGACUUUUGUUCUAUAUAUUUAGGGACCGCAGGCCAAUUUCCAAAGUCAGUGAUAUAAAGUUGAAACCUAUAUGAAAAGAAAGCUGAUGGCAAUCGAAAGCUAACUGCGAAAACAGAAAAGAAAAAUAUGAAAAAUGAAAAAAGUUAUGAGCAAAAGAGUGGCGAAAUCGGGGGAACCAUUUUUGUGUAGAAACUUUCGUAAGGGUCGCAGGAAAAGGGGCGUGUUUAUAGAUACCGCGCGCUUCUUGCUGCGCGUAAAUUCACCCCGGAGAAGUUUCGAAAAUAUAUUAAUUUGAGUUUUUAAAUGAAAUGUUGGAGUUUUCAUAUUGAAUACUUUUCCUAUUCAAUAUGGGGCUGCUCUUCGAACACUCAGACUGCUGAAAAGCGAGUUUUGAAGAAUAUUUCCAACGCAUUUCGUAAAAUAAGAGAACAACCAACGAAAUAAGACAAUUGCAUAGAAGGAACAGCGAAAAACCGAAUUAAAAAAAUGCGAAAUUCUACAUAAACAUUUACUGAAGAAUAUGUAUAUAUGAAUAAUCACUAAGUCAUUUUUCAGAGACAUUUUGAAAAAAAAGCGCGAAAGCGUUUUUACUUUUGAUUUUUUACAUCUUCCAUUUUCCUUUGAACGAUGAGUGUCUACAUGACCUUCUUUUUCAUGAGAUUCUGUGAAAAUUCGAAAAAAAUUUAGUAAAAAGCGAAAUUUAAUAUUUUUUUGCUGCUAUAAUGGAUAUAAUUACGCUGGAAAGAAUUCCUAAUUGUAAAAAGGAGUCAAAAGUUUUGCCUAAAACGACGAUGAAGUAAUCAUAACUCAUUCUAAACUUGAAUAAAAUACAAAAAAACAACUUUAAAAAAAGAAUUUUUCACGCUUUCGAAAAAAAUUUCGGGCCCUACGCGGUGUCUGCAGAUUUCCAGCGACGCGCAAUUUCUAUUAUCAAACUUGAGCGUUCAAAUCAACCAUACUUUUUCAGGGCCAUCCUUGGAAUUUUUUUAUUUUUUUGAUAUGUUGUAGAGAAAUGUCUAAUCUUUGAUAUUAUAAAAUAAAAAACUUGCCCAGAACGCUUUGGGCCGUUUUUCAAAGCGUUACAAAAAAACGAAAAAAAUUUAAGCUUUCAUAUGAACUAUAUAGUCGAUGAAAAAAACUUAGUUUUUCUCUUUUUAAAAUUUACAAUCAACUGCAAACAACCGUUUAAAAAAAUAUAAUCAGUAAUUAUCGAUUGCGUUUUUCGAAAAUAGGGAAUUUCGAAAAUCGCGAUUUUCAAACUGCAUUAUUUUUUGAGGCCAACCAUAGAAUUUUUUUAUUUUUUGCCAGAUUAUGCGUUUUUAGUUGCUUCAUGAUUUUCAAGAAUAAAAAAAGUUGCCCAGAAACUUUCAAGAAAAAACGGGAUUUUCAUCCGUUUUCGGCCACAAAUGCGUUUUAAAAACUGUCGUCAUACAUUCUUAUUUCUUAUUUUUCAGUAUUUUCUUCUAUGUAGGAUUGUUAAGCAUAGUCGAUUGUAUGUUUCCCUCAAUUUUUUUCCGAAUCGGUACAAGGAAACUGUUUUAAAAUGUUUGAAACAAUCAACAUGCAACGAAAAUGACGACGUUUUUUGAACAGCGAAGUGGGCGUGGCUCUGCGGCCCCUAUAUAUAUUGGAAUAAUUGAUAUUUUUUCACCUUUUUUUGAAGUUUUAUUAUCAAUUUUUUAGGUCUCCCGUGUUUCGAGAGAUGCUCGAAAAAGGAACGAAGGUAAUUUCUUGGAAUUUAAAGCUUUUCUACUCCAUUCGCCACGGCUUAAAACAUAUCUCACUUCUCUACGCUCUCUUUCUCUUGAAUAUGACUGGGAGGGAGAGCAAGACGCAGAUAUUUUGAAGCCGUGGAGAGGGGAAUAUAGGCUCUGAGAUUCUAGGUUUACAGGUUAAAAUAACCGUUUUUCAGGAAGAAAUCGAAUUCGAGGACCUGGAAUUUGAAACGCUCCAACAUUUCAUCAACUACAUUUACUUCAAGCCGAUCGUCGUUGAUGAGACGAUGACUUGCAAGUUGUUGGCGGCGGCCGAGAGAUACGCGGUGGAUGAUCUCACGCAGAAGUGCAAGGAGGACGUCGACUGCUUCCUGAAGAUGGAAAACGCCUUCAAUGUCGCUGCACUGGGAGACUCCCUCAAGUGCCGGACUUUGCAGAGCAAGGCGGCAGAGGUUUGAAGAAAGCUCCGAGAUUCCCGAUCCCAGGCAAACCCGGGGAAGGUGGUUGGGAGCAGGAUCGUGCUAGGCAGCUUAUCGGUCCUUUCCCAACCUAGUUCUGCCUUAGCGAGGCCUCAAUCAUGAAAGGUCGGACCGAUCCCAAAAGCGCAAAUUUUUUUCAAGUCAAAAAUCUUUUUUGGCAAAAAUCGCGGUUUUGGUUCUUUUUUUACUCAAAUUUUAGCUGAAACUAUGCUUUAAUUAGUGAAAAGAAAUUUCUUCCCGCAAAAAAAGCCCAAGUCCCGGCCCAGCCUUUAUCGUAAAGGGCAACUAGCAGCUCUUGAAAAGGCCUUCGGCAGGUGUUCAGAAGGUAGUUGGAAGGCCCUCUGUGGUGAAAAUUGAAAAUUACGCGCAGGGCAGAUGUUAACAAGGUGUUUGAUCACCUGCUGGAACCUUUCCAAACGCUUUCCAAGAAACCCAAAGCAAAAGCUUUCCAAAAGCUUUCCAGGAUUUGCCUGAGUUCAUCCUUGAGAUCAAUAGCAGCCUGAAAAGAGGCCAAAGAAAGAGAGUAGCUCCACUUCUUCGAGAUCGCUUCCACUGGAAGCCUUCCAGAAUGCGUUUUGAAAGACAUUGAAAAAAGAACAAGAAUUCACUCUUGGAAAGUUGUAUAAUCCAUUGAAUGUGUCUUAUAAGUUAUAACACUCAGCUCUUUUUUUUGUCGGUUUUUUAUAGGUUUGAGUCAAGCAGGGUACAAAAAAUUUCAAAAAAAAAGAAAAUUAAAUGUUCUCUUUUUUCAGUUCAUCGCCGACAUCCUUUCAAAAUUGGUCAUGCCCAGCGCUUUCAACAAAGUUGUUCCGGAUCACGAUUUCGUCAACUCUGUUCUCGAAAAAAUCACGAGAAAAGAAGAGGAGAGGCGACGAAUAGGAAAUAAUCGAUUUGAAGAACAUUCUUUCACAGAAAUGUGAGUUGCUUAUUUCGUGGCGAGUAUUCUCUAAUGAACUAAUCAGUUUUUCCGCCCCUCGGUAAUGCCAACCGGACGCGCUCCGGACGUUUCUGAGCGUUUCUAGUGAGCCCUCGAGGGUUCUGAGGCCGCAAGGGUGGUUACUAGAACUAUUUAGACUCGCGUUACCCACUCGGACCUUGGCAACGCGAGCCGGAAGCGAUUCGGACGUGACGCAUCAUUUCUGGUUAUCAGAUAGCGUAAGUACUUUUUAGUGGCUCCUAGAAUUGCUCAGAAACGUCCGGAGCGCUCCCCGUUUUCGUUACUCGGAUAUUAGUAAUGCGAAACGGACGUUUUGGGUCAUUUCUAGAGACCACUAUAGUAGGGUCAGCACUCUUAAGUGAUCCCUAGAAAUUCUCAGAAACGUCCGGAGUUUUCGUUACCGAGAUCCGAGUUCGGUACGCUAGAGCGCAGUUGUACGAUUAAACGAGUUGAAAAUUUAUCAGGGAUAUUAAGAAGAUUUCCAGCUUUGAGGAAAAAUUUGAUGAAGAGGGAAAGAAAUAACCAAGAACCUUCACUAAGAAUAACUGACGAGAUAAACGCGAGACACUGGCGGUACAUUGACGAGCUCGCAAACAUCUCGCUUUUUUCCUCGCGUUUAUCUCGGCAGUUAUUCUUAGUGUUCGUGCGAAUUCAAAAAAGUAACUUUUUGCAGACUCCAAGAAGCUGUCAAGGCAAUGAUAGGAUGCCGAAAGCUCAAACGUAUUGAAAAAUCGUGA